AGAAGCAGACAGCUUUUCCAUGUUUACGUUAGCUUCACGACGUAUUCCUAAUAGACGCGGACGCUUAAAAGACAGUCAGACAGUGUCUGCGGCUACAUCGUUUGCUAAACAAGUGGCUCGAGUUGCUUACAAAAAUUCUGAAAUAUCGAAGUACUUCAGAGUUUUAUGUGUUGUAGCUGAAACGAACAACAUGGUGGCAAGCUAGAGGGUGUAUUUUGUGCACGUUGAGGAGUACUAGUAUUAUACAGAUAAUUUUGUAUAAAUGUCAGCGAUGGAGUCGUACCCAACAAUAGAAUUGUUUCGGACUGAUCAGUAUUACAUUUUCGUGAAGGGGGAGUAUGGUUUAUGGUGGAAUCGUAUCACAGGAGAUUUUCAAGUCAAAACGGGAUGGGACCUGGCGUCAGCGAACGACCCGGACUGCCUCGGCCUGCUGUACGGGAUAGUCGGCAAGAUCGAGCUGCAGUCCGUCAUCGACAGCAGGCUGGUGCUGAUCAAGGAGUGCGCACCGGUGGGCGACCUGCCGGGGGGCAAGACCGUGUACAAGGUCAGGUCCGUGGCGUUCCUGCCGCUCGGCGCGGCCGCGGACGGCGCCGGCCUGGGGCUCGCGCCGUGCAGGAAGCACCAGGACAGCGGGGCGGGCGGCCCCGGCACCGGCAUCUUCGACUCGCACCAGAAGGCGGCCCUCGCCAAGACCUGGGGGACCAUCAAGUCGGCCACAAACUCCAUCAAGACCACCACGCAGCAGGCGGCGGCGCUGGCCACGUCGCAGGUGAAGUCGAGUAAGAAGAAAGACAGUAAAGACCGCGAGAGGUUUGAGCGCAGAUUCUUGGAAGAGCUGCAACGAAUUUUCACGGAGACGGACUCAUUCUACUAUUGCCUCUCCGGAGACCUGACCAAUUCGCUCCAGCGCCGGAGCGACCUGUCGCGGAACGCGAACAACGAGCGGAAUGCUCUCUGGGAGACGGUGGACGACCGUUUCUUCUGGAACAAGCACAUGCUCGCUGACAUCAUCUCGCUGAACAGCCGUCUUGCGGAUCCGUGGAUCCUGCCCAUAAUCCAAGGUUUUGUUCAGAUUGAACACUGCAAAGUGGAAGUUGGUUAUGAAGCUGUCAAUCCGCGGUGUGAGACUUUCACGCUGAUACUGAUAUCUCGCCGUAGCCGCUUUAGAGCAGGCACCCGCUACAAGCGCCGUGGCGUGGAUGAAAAUGGCAAGUGCGCCAACUACGUGGAAACGGAGCAGAUAGUGAACUACCACCACCACCAAGUGUCGUUUGUGCAAGUGAGGGGCUCCGUGCCGGUGUUCUGGUCGCAGCCGGGGUACAAGUACAGGCCGCCGCCUCGAAUUGACAAAGGGGAGCAAGAAACGCAAGUAGCGUUCGCAAAGCAUUUUGAAGAGGAGCAGUCGCUGUACGGACCAGUUUGCAUCGUGAACCUCGUGGAGCAGAUGGGCAAAGAGAAGGUCAUAUGGGACGCCUACACCGACCACAUAGUCUCCUACAAUAAUCCGUCCAUCACGUACGCGACGUUCGAUUUCCACGAGUAUUGCCGGGGAAUGCACUUUGAGAACGUGUCGGUGCUGAUAAGCCACCUGAUAGACGUGAUAAAGGACAUGGGCUACUGCUGGGAGGACAGGGAGGGCCAGAUAUGCAGGCAGAGGGGCGUGUUCAGGGUCAACUGCAUCGACUGCCUCGACAGGACAAACGUCGUGCAGACGGCCAUUGGCAAAGCGGUGAUGGAAAUCCAGUUUUCAAAGCUCGGGCUGAUCCCUCCCGACGGCAUCAUGCCUGCCAACAUUCGCAACACAUUCCAGCUUCUCUGGGCGAAUAACGGGGACAUUAUCAGCAAACAGUAUGCUGGCACCAACGCUCUCAAGGGCGACUAUACUCGAACUGGUGAAAGAAAGUUCACUGGACUGAUGAAAGAUGGGAUGAACUCUGCAAAUAGGUACUACCUGAGCCGAUUUAAGGAUGCGUACCGUCAGGCAACCAUUGAUAUGAUGCUGGGGAACCCGGUGUCGGCGGACUUGCUGGUCCAGGACAAGGGGGCGGACGAGGAGGACAGUGCGGCCACCGCGGAGCACGUGAAGCUGGUCAUCGAGGACUGCAAGAAGAUGCUGAUCAGCGACGUGGACAUCGUGCUGGGGGCGUGGGGGCUCAUUGACGCCGAUCCCGUCUCUGGUGACCCAAAUGAAACAGAAAUGGAUGCAAUUCUUAUUUUGACAAAAGAUUCCUACUAUGUUGCAAAGUACGACGACGAGCUGGACAAGGUGACCAAGUACCAGCGUGUGCUGCUCGAGGACCUGACGCACAUCGAGUUCGGCACGCCCGACGGCCCGGCCGUGUCGCUGUUCAAGCAGUCGCCGCGCACCGCGCACCACUGCGUCCGGCUGCGGUACAUGGUGGCGGGCCGAGCCGGCUACCACCACGUGUUCCGCUCCACCGGCCUGCGCUUCUUCAACAACCUGGCCGUGGCCAUCAAGACUGACGAGGAGAUGAUAGAGUCGCUGAAGGCGAUCUGCGAGGCCCUGCAGGUGGCCCUGGAGAUCGCGGGGCUGCCCCCGGUGCCCUUCUCCCAGGGCCGGCUGGACCGGCGGAAGAGCGCGGCCCUGCUGGCGGAGGGCAGCACCGGCCACCGGCUGACCGGCUCGGGCAGCUACCUCGACAUCACGGCCCUCCCGCACAUGACCCGCAACGUGUCGGAGACGCAGCUGCAGGCGCUCAGGGUCGCGGGCAGCAAAGCUCUCACCAAUGUGACACAACAAUUCAACAAACUAAACAAACUGAGUCACAGUUUCAACACAAGAAAAACCAGGCAAGAUGCUUACUCCAUUGCCACUAACGAGAGUGACCGCACGCAGUUCGCCGUAGGCCCAGCGGCAGAUCAGGUGAGCUGCAACAGCAGUAAGCACUCGAGCGGCGAAGAGGAUGAUAACGUGUCCCUGUACGUCACGGAGCAGUCGUCCUUCGCCCCGGAGAGCGGCACAGACUCCAUACACCUGUUCGUUCCCAACGUCGGCAUCGUCAUGAGCAAGAAGGUGGGCGAUCCCAGCGUGUUCUCGGCGCUCGAGAAGGAUCGCCAGGUCCGUCCCAGCGUGCCGUUCAUCGCCAACGUGUCGCUGUCCCGCGUCGUGCAGAACGUCUCCGUCCACGAUCAAGGUUUGUCGCGCUCGCGCUCGGACCUGAACCUCGCGCUGCCCCAGACCGGCAGGAGCGCCCUCUCGGUGUCGCAGGCCUCCUCGAUGUCGACGAGCCCGCGGAAGAGUUCGGUCACGACGCCGGAAAUAACGGUGGAGAGCGCAGCUUUCCGCCGGGGCCCGGCCGGUCAGGAACAGAGUUCGAACUCGGCCGCUAAGAUUGCCGACGAAGUGAGCCCGAACGUGAAGUCUGCGGGGCAAGAUCUGGCUUCGGCCACGAAGUUAACCCCGCCCAACACCCUCCAUCUCACGCGCAAGCUGUCCCACUCGUCCGGGGAAGUGGAUCAGCAGCAAGCUGCGCUCCAGGCGCAAAAAGACGCGAAAAACACGACUGGCGAGAACAAACCGGGCGGCUCGAUCCCGAGAGAUGCGGCUCAAAAUUUCCUGAAUAGUCAAAGAUCCUCUUCGGUGAAAGACCUCAGCCUGAACAUCACAUCCUCACAAAGUGAAAAUGCCAUUCGCUCGAUACGCACGGGCUUUACGAAUGCAAUCACCAGCCCUGUUGCGGUCACCAGAGACUUGGUAUUGUCGCCUUUUUCCAAGUUGGCUAAAGGCAUGCAGCACUUGGGUGCGAAUUUAGAUCCGCGGAAACUGAAGUCAUCUGGCGGGGCUGUGAGCAGGCACGUUCUGGAGCAGAGUGUCGAAGAACACCGGAAGUUGCAACAGAAAUGGAAGAGUUGUCGGAGCCGUCUUAUUGCUCUGUGAACUCGCUGUGGCCGCAUGCUUACAUAUGAUUUUGUACUUAUUUAAGCCUUCGUUUCCUGGAAAAAGUGGAUGCAUGAGUUAUUUAAGUGAGAUAAGUAUUUAACGUACUUAUCACACAUAUUUACAGGUUAAGUGAAUUUUGUUAGGUGAUAUACAGUAUAUUGUAUGGUCACAAACACGUGGCAUAUGUAAAGUAUUUAUUAAAAAGUAGUAGGCAGGAAACCAGAGCUCAUGCCAAAUUUGUGCUGUAUAUAAUUACUGAUAUAAUGAUUGUAGUAGUGAUAAUACUUAGUAUGUAAGAUGACACAGAGAAGUAAAAUUUAAAAUUUGUGAUUGAUCACUAUUGUUAAAUACUACUUAAAAAACAUAAUAGUGCUGCCUUAGCUUUAUAUUACGUUUUCUGAUUGUAUAGGAUAAAGGCAUGUUAUAAUUUUGCAAUGGUCAACACUUUAACUGAAGGUAGACUUCAUAGGGUUUUAUUUUUAUUUGUAUGUGUGAAUAAUUUUCCAUUACAACACUUAAUUUGUACCAUACUUUGCCAUGUUUUGAGUUUCAUCCAUCUACAGUCACUCUGCAAACUAGGCGGUCACUCAAACCUGUGAAGGUUUUUGGCCUCGUCAAGACCACAUCAAAACGCUUCCAUCUCAGAACUUGGUACACCCCGAGCGCUCUAGGUGGCCUCUGGAGGUGUUUGUACACCCCUGAACUUUUCUGCAGCACUUAUUUGAGUCUGUUUUUUGUAUCUUCUUAGGACAUGUACAGCCCAUCUUAGUCUUCUACUUAUCACUGCUACAAUAUCUGGUUCUGUGUGGAGGACUCUUUAACUCUUUUAUUUAUUAUUCUUCAAGUCCCUUUUUUUCCAUGUUGGGUUGUCAAUUGAUUUUGUGAUUUUAUUUUAAAGACUAAUUUUUUUUCUGAUUGCUUUGACAAAGUCCUCUUUCGGAGCCAUAUAAAACAGUCAACUGGAUUAGAGUUUUUUGCUGUCUAAUUUUUAAUUUUUGUUAAUAGCCUUUUACUUUUUAUAGAUUUCUGCCACACCCAGGAACUUUCACCCUCAUUAUAAUUUCUGUUUAUUCUGUAGUAGUUCCUGUCUAUGAUAGUCUGUAAGUACUUAAAUUCUUUGCAUCUUUCAAAGCUAUAAUUUCCUACUUUUUUAAAUUACUCAAAUGUUUUCUUCCAAUCCUACCAUUGUGAUGUUAUUCUAAUAAUUAUUCUGUAAGUUUUCUCAGUCCUUCCUCAUUCUCUGCCAUUAAUGUGACUUGAUUAGUAAAAGCCAAAAUGUUUCACUUUUUUACUACCUCCUACAUUAGCUAAUUAAUUAAAUAUGGUAGCUUGGAUAAUAACGUAGCUUAAUGUAGCUGCAAUUAUUUGUUAAUCUGUUACAUAUCAAAUAUUGUUUCAAAACCAUAGUUUAGGACUGUUUCCGUAACUGUCUCCCUAAUGCCUUAAAAAUAAUUUAAGUUUGGAAAGAUUCAAAUCGUAAGCACAAUAAUAGUUUUUUUUUUGCCUAGGUGUUUAAAUAUUUGGGAUUUCUGCGAGUGUCAUUCAGUUUUUGAUUGGUAACUUGGGUUCUGGUUGUUAUGUGGACUUGUUAUCAACAAAAUAACAUGGGAUGAGUCUGAAUAAACUGGAUACUCUACUAAAGUAUCUAAAGUUCAACUUUUCUCUAGAUGAACUCGCCGAAUUUUCUGUUUGCUGGUGCAUCACACCUUUAAUAUGCACCAUGUGCACCAGUUGCACUGAUAGUAUUUAAAUAAAAAUCUCUUGUUACAGGCACAAAAAAUAAUACAUGUAUUGAUUGCAACAGAUUAUUAUCAAGUAAUUAAAGCCGAGUGAAAAUUCUUUUAAUGUAUUCCUCAAAACUUGCUACGGGUAAGCAUAGUUUUUGCCACGUUUGUUGAUCUUUUCUGCUACUUUUACCUUCUUCGUACUAAGUCUUACCAUUUUUAACUCUGUUGUAUUACUGUUAUGUACGUUUUGGAAAUGUUAAACUGCCAUGCUUUAAAACUGCUUUAAACUGCAAUGCUUUAAAACGAUGUAGUUUUUUUUAAAAAGGAUGUGAGUUGUACUGUAGGUGAUCAAACUGUAGUUUCGUAAAGUUCUUCGGUGUUUACAGUUUACAGUUUUAUCUGAACCAUCAGUUUGUUGAUUCAUACAGAUUUUUUGAUUUAUUUGAAGGUUUCUAUUUUUGUAAGAUAAGUAACUUGUUUGUUUAUUUAUUUUUCUUCUUAAAAGAAUGAAAAAGUUUUAUGUUUAUGUCUGCUAUAAACAAAACUGUAUUUAAUUAUCUUCAGGAAUGUUUCUGUAAAAUAAUUAUUUUGAUAAUACAGUGAAAUCUCACUUAGCAUGUAGGGGAUGUUAUGAGAUGUAUGUACAUCUGAAGGUACAAUUAAUAGUUUUGAAAUGUACCUGUUAAUUUUCAUUUAGAAUUCAUUGUAAGUUUAUAGCGUAGAAAAUUUUAAAUGAGCUUUCGUGUUUUUUUUUUAACAGACUUUCGGCGUGCAGAAAUUAGCACAAAGGAAGUGUUGUGCACAAAGCAAAACUGCAGAGAUUGUUGGAGUCAGGGAGGGAACUCGUGGAGAAACUCUUAUGUGCUUUCACUCUCGAAUGACAGGGAGUUGAAUGAAAAGGGCACCGCUUGAGAAGGGUAAACUUGGGUGGCGUCCAGGGAUCUGCGAGUACUCGAAAAAUGUUCAAUAUUCUGAAAUAUUUAUGUAAGUUUUUGUUUACAAUCACUGUUAUACCAUGAACGUAGAUUGUUCAAAUAGUAUUAAAUGCAAAAACAAAAUGUAAGUGUGCCAGAACACACAGUGCUACAAGUUAGAGCUGGCUUAUGCUGUGUAUUCAAUAUAUUGAAGGUACGUACAUAACGUUCGCAGUUAUGUGACUGUUGUCACACUUGUCUUGAAAAAAAAAAAAGCCCUCUGUUCCUUGCCAUUCUAGUGGGUUUUCAGAUGUACGUACUUAGUCCUACAAUAUUUUAUUUUACCAACUAUUCCGCGAUGCCAAAAAAAAAUUUAUUUAUAUUCCUGAUAAAGAGUUUAAUUUAUUUCAUUCAUAGGUAGGAAUUCCAAAAUUAACACAUUUUCAUGUGGCGAAGGAGACAAUUUAGAGAAAUGUGGCAGUGUGUCUUUAAAGACGAAUAAAAUAGAAGCUGAAAGCAAGACUGGAUUGGUUAAGCAAAUUCAAACAUCGAGUGUACACAUCAAUGGUUAUAACAUUAAAUUGGUUUACAUACCUUGUUUAGUCCAUUGGUAAAUAUUUGAAACACUGAGAAGUGCUAAAUUGAUAUUUUUAUAGCGUAUAAUGUUAUUUUACUUAUGCCCCCUUGAAACAGGUUAUAACAGUGUUCUACUGUAGUUUAGAAAAACCACAAUGUAAAAUUUAAAUCCAUUUUGGCUUAGAAACAUUGUUUUGAAGUGUUGAUUUUUGUUCAAAUUUUCUGGGGUGAAGGCCCCUAAACCCCAUUUUUCUAUGGGGGGCUGUUUCACAACCACCCUAGGCCCCCCGUAAAGGCCCUUCUCAAAAUUAUUAGGGCCCCGAAAAGUCAAACACCACCACUAGAUGUGAGGAUCUAACUUUAGUCUUGGGUCAUCAUUGGUCAGCUAUUACAAGUGCUCAGUAUGAGAAUAUCUUGUGCCAUUUGUCAGUUCUUGUAUUGGCGUUGGUGAGAUUACACUGUAUUGCAAAUUCUUAAGUAGCAGAAUUCACCAAUCAUUUCUGUUACACAGGCAGUUAUUUCUAAGCUGCUGUCUCCCUACAUAUUGUACCUAGUGUGUGUAUUUCUCCUAUUACCGUAUUUACUCGUGUAUAGCGCGCCCUCGUGUAUAGCGCGCACCACGAUUUUUGCAACUAAUUCCAAAGAAAAAAAAAUUGAAAUUUUUUUUUCCCCCAUAAAUAAAUUUUACUAACAUUUUGUGGUACCUGAUUAUUUAAAUUGAUGUGUGGUGAUGCGUCAGGAAAAUACAUAAACUCUGCUGUCUAAACGGAAGAUAAUGAAGCGCUAUAUCGUCACAACUGGUACGUGGAAGGAAGGAAGGGAGGGAGGCGUGCCGCGCUACGUUGCUAAGCUGGCGCGGAGAACUUGAUGACUCACCGGUGAGGAAUGGAGGAAGCGAAGAAGUUGCCGGGGGGGGG